AUGUCUUCAACUAAAAGUAAACGUCCCCUUCCCGAACCGCACACUUUUUCUCACAUUCCAUCAUCUUCUCCCAAACAACAACAACAACAACAGCAACAAAGAGGUCAGAAAGAAAAAAGUCCUGUUAAGAAUUCUGCAAACAUUGGAAAUACGGAUGUGCGGGCCACUACCCCUAGCAGCAACCGCAGAAAAGAUAUAAAGAGAAGGGAAGAGGAAAAGGAGGAAAUACAAGUGGAUUAUCCCUCCCAUGAUGAUAAUGAUGAUGAUACCGCUACUGAGUGGAUUCACAAUGUGGAAUUAAACUGCUGUGAGAGCAGUCCAACACUAAUGGAGUUAAGUGUGUGGGAUGCUGAACUCACUAGACGGCGUGCGGAGGUAUCAAGGGAUAUUGAAUGCAUUUACAACUUUAUUCAUAUACUACGAACUCAUGGGAGAGAGGAUAUAGAAAGACACGCAGAGAGUUACACAUAUGCAGAUGGAAAUAUAUGCAAAGAAGAAGAAAAAGAAAAAGAAGAAGGAAAUAAUGACACUGUGGAUGUUGUGAACAUUCCUUAUGCAGUAAAAUCCCCAGAUACGGCGAAUCACUUUAAUAAUAAUAAUAAUAAUAAUAAUAAUAAU